AUGGGUAUAAGCCAAGCAGACUACCAACAAUCGAUGUCCAUUGAAUUGAUGGACAUUGAAGGUGAAAAAAUCCAAGUGCAAGCUAAAAUGGAAACCCAGAAAAAACAAGUAGCAAAAUCUUACAACAAAAAGGUAAAACAUGAAAUCUUUUUGGACGAAGAUUUAGUGUGGAAGAUGAAACUUCUUGAGCAUGACUAUAAAGAUCAUAUCUUUGACAAAUGGUCUUCUAAGUGGGAGGGUCCAUUUAGAGUUCACAAAGACAUGUCUGGGAAUGCCUAUUUGUUGCAAGAGUUAGAUGGGGAAAUGUUUCCAAGGGCGCUUAAUGGAAAGUUCUUAAAACAGUACAACCCAAGUAUAUGGGAACAGUAUAAAAACUUACAACAAAAGCAUCCAUCAUAG